AAACAUAACCUCAAAACAAAAUGUCAACAAACGUUGAAAAUGAUGGUUUAAAGGAAGAAAAUCACCACAAACAAUUGGAAUUAUGCACCACAAGGCCUGCAUAUAGACAGGGGAAAAAAUUAACCGCCGUCAAGGUAUACACGGUAAACAACGAAUCUCAACACUUAUUCAUAUACGGGGUGCCCAAAAUAAACCUACGCUCAGAAUUAAAAACGCUGUGUUCAAGAUACGGCACAGUAACGAAUAUUCACGCUACUGAAGGUUAUAAGACUGAAAUAUUCACCGAAUGUUAUCAUGUGGUGUUUGAUAGAAUACAAUCAGCUAGAAUUGCGAAGAGGUUGAUUGAUACGAGGUCUUUUUACGGGGGGGUUUUGCACGUGUGUUACGCCCCUGAGUUUGAGAGUGUGGAGGAGACCAGAGUGAAGUUGCAGCAAAGAAAUACGGAUGUUUUGAGGAGGUUACCAAAAGUUGAGGGUUUUGUACCACAAGUUAAAAGGAAAGAUUUUGGCAGUUUUAAAAGUGAUAAAAAGAAAGUUAAAAGUGGUAAGGUUGCAAUUAUGGAUAUUUAUUGCAAGGAUGAUCCAAUUUUGCAAAGUUAUGAAGAAAGUUGUAAAGAAGUAUUACCUAGUUGUAGUAAAACUGUAGAAACGCCAGUGGUAAUAGAAAAAUCUGUAAAAAAAUUAACUAACCUAAUUCCCACACAAGUGAAGAGGAUUGUUUUUAGGAAAAAAUAAACACCAGUUAAAUAAUUAUUGUUUAUUCAUAAUAAAUGCAAUAAAUAAAAUUUGUUCUUACAUCUACCUUAUUAGUGUAUUAGGAAUUGCUUUGGUGGUGAUAUUUCCCCCGGAUUUGGUGAGCAAAUUAUUUCCUUGCCACUGUGCCACGCAGUUGGCAUUUGUUUUAAGAUCCACGGCGAUUUUUUCCCAUACUUUUUUCUUGGGGUUCAAAACUUCAUCGGGGUUACCAUCUUCAUAGUUUUCGAUGAGGAUUCUCUCGCCUGGGAGGGAAUCUUCUGGGGGGAUCAGGGUUUCCAGUUUAUCCUCCUCUUCAAUCUUGCAGCACAAAACCAUGCCGUGGGAUUCGAUGCCCCUCAACUUGGCCGGUUUCAAGUUGCAUAGAACAACAACACUUCUACCUCUCAUUUCUUCGAUUGAGAUGUAUUUAACCAAACCGCUUACGAUUGUUCUGGGUUGCUCUUCACCCAAGUCGAUUUUGCUCACGUACAAACUCUCAGCGUCCGGGUGCACGUUUACUUCCACUAUUUUGCCCACCCUUAAGUCCAAACGACUCGCCACAAUUUCUUCUACAGCCGCAGUUUGAUUUCCGCCCUCUAAAACAAGUAAAACGUUUGUGAAGGACCUGUUCUUGUAUGCACCUUGGC